AUUGUUUCUCACAACACACACGUCAACAUUAACAUCGAGUUGAGGAUUUUUGUUUCAUCAUCAUGAGCAUCCUGAACCAAAUACAUAGACAGAUUGCUCACCGGUUACCUUUUCCAUAGGAAGACUAGGUACUGCCCUGGGUGGGAGAUGACCAAAGAGGAUGUCCCGGUGCCACAGUCUUCAGAGGGGGACACUGACCUGGGCCGUCACAGCACGUUGUCCCACGGUGGUGUAGCGCGCCCCACCAUCCACCAGGUGGCCUCGGCCCCCAUGCCCACUGACUGCGAGUUCUCCUUCUUUGACCCCGAGGAGCCCCAGUGCAGGGAGGUGCUGUUUGAGUCCAGCACCACGGUACCAGAGCUGUUCGCCGUACUCAGGCAGUGGGUGCCCCAGGUCCAGAAGAAUAUCAGCCUGAUUGGCAAUGAGAUCCUAAAGAGAGGCUGUGGUGUGAAUGACCGAGAUGGCUUGACCGACAUGAGCCUCCUGCACUACUGCUGCAAGGCGGGGGCACCCGGCAUAGGUGACGCAGACAUGGCGGCCAGCUUCGCCCAGCAACUCCUGUCCCUGGGGGCAGAGCCUGGUCUGCGGUCGCGGUGGACCAACAUGAGUGCCCUGCACUACGCCGCCUACUUCGAUGUGCCCCAGCUCAUCCGGGUGGUUCUGCACGCCUCCCAGCCCGGGGAGGUAGACACCACCUGCAGUGACUUUGACUUCGGCACGGCCCUGCACAUUGCCGCCUCCAACCUGUGCUCCUCUGCAGUCAAGUGUCUGCUAGAACUGGGAGCUAACCCCACCUUCAGGAACGAGAGGGGCCAGUGCCCGGCCGACGUGGUAUCCGAGCCCUUGGACAUGCUCUUGGAGAUGGCGGACGCCGCCGCCCUGGCCAAGGAGCUGCGCAGCCUGCUGAGAGAGGCCCUUCCCCGGCCCUGCGCCCCCCUGACCCUCCCUGCCCAAGAUCCAUCAGGCCUCUCCGACAAGGCUCGGCUCCAGCUCAUCACCAUGGGCAUCCAGCUGGGCGACCGCGUGGUCAUCGCCGGUCAGAAGGUGGGCACUCUACAGUUCUGCGGCAGCACCGAGUUCGCCGGCGGUCUUUGGGCCGGCGUGGAACUCGACCAAGCGGAGGGGAAGAAUGACGGAUCCGUCGCUGGAGUUCAGUACUUUUCCUGCCGCCUCAAAUACGGGAUCUUUGCACCCCUGUCCAAGAUCAGCAAACCCUCAGAGCGAUGCAAAGCCAGCACCCAGAGAAGUGCCACCCCCAUACGGCCCUCACAGCGCAGCAACCUGUCGCGCGUCACCUCCAAGAUCAACACAGGUGCUCUCUCUCGUUCCCUCUCUUCCUCUUCAUCCUCCCUGGACUCCAGACAUGGCCUGACCGUGCAACCUCGGCCAUUUCCACGACAACGGCCUCCACGACAGCGGCGGGAACGGCUUCAGCCCAGCUCCAAAACCAUGCCCCCGCCGACCCGGUCUAAUCCCAGCCCCAGCCUCAUUGUACCCCGGAGCCGGACUCCCUCGGCCAGUAGCUCCGUGUGUGACGGGCCCGAGGUGCGCCUAGGGGAGAGGGUGUUGGUGGUGGGCCAGAGAACCGGGGUGGUCCGCUUCUACGGCAAGACCAACUUUGCCCCAGGGUUCUGGCUGGGGAUCGAGCUGGACAAGCCCAGCGGGAAGAACGAUGGCUCGGUUGGCGGGGUGAACUACUUCAGCUGUCCUCCCAAACAUGGUGUCUUUGCCCCUCCAUCGCGUGUACAGAGGAUCCAUGGCUCUAUGGAUUGUCUUUCAGAGCUGUCCUCCUCACGUCUCAACCGUCCUUUUGCUAGAAUCAGGCGCAGCUUCAGCACGUCGACGGCCAUCGCUGCCCAGAAGGAGCAGAGCCAGAAGAGUACCGUCAACAGGUGGCCAUUUUCUCAUAAGCACUCUCCUCCACAUUCCACGUGUCUGCAUUUCUCCUCCCUGACCGUUUUCAGCUUUCUCCCUAAUCCCCCCCACCACCGGAGGUCACGUUCCAACUCCCACCGUCGGCGCUGGAGUACCCUGAGUGGUGGCUGGGGUCCGGGAACAGGCGGCACAGGAAGCUCCGGAGGAACCACUGCCACCACCACCACCUCGUCUGGCUCGGAUGCCUCAGUGCGCCUCCACCUGGGCAUGCAAGUGCUGCUGAGCAGUGCGAACGAGAUGGCUCUGAUCCGCUACAUGGGCCAGGCUGACUUCGCCCCAGGCCUGUGGCUAGGCCUGGAGCUGCGCACCGCCAAGGGCAAGAAUGAUGGCCAGGUGGGCGGCCGCCGCUACUUCACGUGCCGCCCGGACUACGGUGUGCUGGUGAGGCCCAGCCGUGUCACCUACCGCGGCAUUAAUGGUGCCCGGCUCGUAGAUGAGAACAGCUGAGGACACUAGGACCCAGGGGGUUGGGUUAGGUGGGUGGGAAAGCAGUAGAGCGAGCAUAUCGGAGAUAAGUUUCUGUUUGUUGUUUGUUUGGUUUUUUUUUUGGGGGGGGGUGUUGUUGUUUAGCGAUUUUCCUUUGUUCGUUUUUUCUUGGGUUUUGUGUUUGUUUCUUUUGCUCCUUGAAAUGUCCCCCAAAAACAACACUACCUAAUUAGUUAUUGUUAUAUACAUUUAAGAAAUGUUUUAUUUUAAGAUGUAUGUUUUGGUGGUGUGGCUAGCCUACAUUUUAACUACACAUCAGCUAGUUUGUCCUUUUUACUUGCUGAUUUACCUGUUUUGUUUUACCUGUUUACUCUACCCGUUGACCAUCAAUGGACACUAGAAAACUAGAUAUUACAUUUCAAAUUGAGACUACGAGAGUUGUCAUGCUAUUGAACACACUGUAGGUAUGAGGCAACAUAAGCUUUGAUUGUCAUAGAUAGGUUUGAUAGGGUGAAAGAAAAUCAUUUUCAGAAAUAUUUAUACUUAUAAUUUUACUGUGUGAUAUGAUUUAAUUGAUGGAAAUGCACUUGAUUGAAAAUAUGUAUAAAUCCGAUACAGUAAAUGAAUACUUCCAUUCUUCCCUAAGCUCCCUCACUGUACUGUAUGUAGAGAUUUGAACUGAUAUCAAAGCUAACCUCUGGUCAGCAAUGCAGCUAAGCACCUUAAAGCAAGACAAUGUCCUGGUACAGAGGUACUAAAAUAUCCCCUGAUUUGAGCACUUUGGAGUAAAUGGAUAAGGCUGUUUGUAAUGAUAAUGCAGGGUUAUCUGGAUUCACUGCUGACUCCUAAAUGAGCAAGAAUGUGCACUGUGUUUGGCCAACACUGAAUUUGAAUUCACUGCCAACUUGUGCUGAAUUGCUAAUUGCAAAUCAAUCCCAGCUCCUACACCCUAGGCACUGCUGUGGAUCUGAGCGGAUUGGAUGGGUUUUAAGCAAUAUGGUAAUACGUUCACCUUGCCUUCUGAUUGGCUGGGUAGAAAUAUUGCUUACACCUAUCAAUCGGUUUCAGAUCUACAGGAGUGCAUAAAGGAUAUGGGCUAGGGGUUGAUUUGGAAUUCAGCUAUAUUCAGCCAUUAAUGCUAUGGCACCACUUGAGUACUGGUAUAGUGCCGUCAAGUGAUGCCAAUUUAUACAAAUAUGGUCCUACACUGACGUGACACUCAUAGGCCUAUUGAUGUAUGCUACCUACUUUUGGUCAGAUUGGACACCCCACUGGCUCUGUGACAUAAGAUUUGUCUAAAGAUAACUUCCAUCUGCACGACUGCUAAUGACGUCUUAUGUCGUCCUUACUACAAAAUGCUUUGUGAAAGCUGGUUUUCGUGAAGCGCAUUCCAAAGUUAUAUACGAUAUAGAUUACAGUCUUGACAAGUCAGCAGGCAACAAGCUAUUGAUUAUAUCUGUGGAGAAAAAAAGAAACCUUAUUUAACACAAGCUCCAUGUGCCACCCAUUAAAAAAGGUAGAACGCAACAGUAGCCCAGAUUCUGAAUGCGAUGUACCAUUGAUCGGUCUGGUUGGGCUUUAUGCAAUUGAAAUGUGUUGGCAGGACGAAUCAUGGUUGCCUGAGAUAUUCGCCUGAGGUUUGGAGAUGAAAGAAGCUCGGUGGUAUGAGUGCUAAUUCAACUGCUCGUAUCUCUUCUCUGCAGUCAGUUCUGUUAUUUCUGUAACAGUCACCGUCGUAACAGUCAGGUCUGUUACGGUCAUUGUUGUGGCAAUUGAGACAAUUGUGUAACAGUCAUCGCCUUUUCAGUCAAUUCUGUAACACUGUUACUUAGUACUGUUGGGUUCUAUAAUGUCUUCUCAGACGACACAUGAUCGGAAAGCCCAAGUUAAAAUGCACUUGAAAGUCAUUGAUUGCAUUGUGUGUCUGCACAGCGAAAGGGUUUCAGUAUGGAAUAGUGGCACGUAGUGUAAAAAUUGUAUUUGUAAAAUGAAUAAAGAUACUAUUCUAAUUUCA